GGUAGCCGUUGUUGUAUGGCUCUCUUUCUCUUAUAACCUCACUCAAAGUCGCUCAGGCUCAGCUAAAAACCUAAAAGUAGUGAAUUUUAAGAAGUUCCUAGUGUAGUGGCUAGUACUGUAUGAGGUUUUAAUAUUUGUAGUUCUAGUUAUAUUCUGGUGUACAAUGGGAAAGAGACGGUCGAAAAAGGGUAAAACUGCUAAAAAUAAUCCUAACAGUGCAGAAACAGAACCAGAAGAGCUAACAAGAGCUCCUCACUCGUUUGUUAUCCACAGAGGCUCUGUUGGGCGAACAAUUGUUGAUUUUACAAAAGAUUUCAGAAAAGUAAUGGAACCAUUUACAGCUUCUUCACUGAAGGUGAGGAAGAAGAAUGUGUUGAAAGACUUUUCAGCAGUAGCGGGUCUACUCCAUGUAUCCCACUUGGUGAUGUUUACGAGCACUGAAACUGCAAGCUACGUUCGUUUCGGCCGGUUUCCUCGUGGUCCGACUCUUACAUUUCGCAUGUUGAAGUAUUCUUUGUCUCGAGAAGUUUUGUCUCAACUGAGGAAGCAGUAUGCUUUUGAUAAAGCAUUCAGAAAUUUCCCUCUAGUUGUCCUGAAUAAUUUCUCUGGGGAAGGAGCUCACAUGAAACUAAUGGCAACCAUGUUUCAGAACAUGUUUCCGACAAUCAACUUGACCAAGGUGAACUUGGACUCAGUUCGCAGAUGUGUUCUGUUUAACUACAACCGUGAGGACAAAUCUAUUGAGUUCCGACAUUACGGGAUAAGAGUGGCUCCUGUUGGUUUGUCUCGAGGCGUAAAGAAACUUGUUCAGAGUAAAGUGCCUAAUCUUGGUCGCUACGAAGAUGUCUCUGAAUUUCUUCUGAGGGGAGACGUAUCUGAGAGUGAGGCCGAGGAUGAUGGGGAGAGCCACGUAACUCUGCCGCAGAAGAUAUCGUCCCGGGGAAACGUACAGGAUGGCCAGUCAGCCAUCCGGCUCAGUGAACUAGGGCCUAGGAUGACACUGCAGCUGAUCAAGGUGGAAGGAGGUCUCUGUGAAGGGGAGGUCAUAUACCAUGACCUAAUCACAAAAACUGAUGAGGAAAUUGCUCUCAUUAACAAGAGAAGAGAGCAAAAGAGGAGACUGAAAGAGGAACGAAAGAGAAUACAGGAGAAGAACAAACAAGAAAAGGAGAGGAAAAAAGAAUUGUUGAAAAAGAAAUCACUUGAAGGCAUUGAAAAGAAAAAGAAGGAAUAUCAUCCCAAGAAAGAUGAUGUUGAAGGUGUGAAACUAGCAGGAGAAACAAAAACGGGAGAGGCUGAUGAUGAAAAUGAUUCGGACUGGUACAGAAAGGAAGUUGGACAAGAUCCAGAUAAAGACCUGUUUUCAAAUCAUAAGUCUUCAGGCAUGAAAAGGACGUACUCAGACAAACAAUCUAGAGAUAGAUACAACAAGAAACUGAAGACUGACUUUAAUCAAGAUAGAGAUAAGAGAAAUAAUACAUCAUUCAAGCCUUGUUUAAGUAAGAGAUUUCAACAAAAAAGUCGCAGAAGCAAAAAAGUCAUGGGAAGUAAAGUCCGUAAAGGACAAAGGCAUCGAUGAAAUCACUUUAUACAUUGAAGAUUAUGUUGUAAAUAAAGUUUUAUAUAAGUGUU